AAUGUAAACAACGGCGGAUUGUGUCAACACGUGUGGAAUGGGGAUCAAAAAUUGGCUUUUUCGUGUUAUCCCUGAUGAUCUGUGAUAAAAAACGAAAAUGUACUCUUCAACGAAGAACGCUGCUGUCGAUCGUUUACUCAGCCUGUUAUCAGAGUCUUGAAGUACUCAACUGUUUCGCAACCUUCCGUCUCUAUACUAAAUUUUGAUUUAUCAUUCACCCUCUUACCCUCUGAAGUUUCAUCGCAUUCAGUUGACUCGAAAGUUACUUCCUUUGUUCUGGAAUGGCUUAUUACGACUAUGAUUAUGAUGAUGAACAUAUGGAUGAAGAUGAAGACGGUGGUGACAACUCUUUCAGCAUAAAUUUCUCUGAAAAUUUCUACUUCUGUGUAAAACCAGUUGUGAAUGUGUGGGUGAAACACUUCUGCAUAUUAGCCUGUGCCUGUUUUGCCACAAAACUAGCUGCUUACUUAUUUUUCAGAUGGAGACAUAUCUUUUCCAUAAUCUUUGGAACAGCAGUUCUGUAUUAUUUUUUUGAUUGGCUACUUUUCUUCAUUAUAUCUCAUGUUGUUGUCAGUUUUAUCUACUUGGAAUUUCUCAUGAAAUCAAAUACCAAACGGAAUGCUCAUCUUCUCACUCUUUGCACUGUGAUUUUUCUGAUAAGUUGUGAGUUUCUGAUGAAAUCUACCCUUUGGCAAAAAAUCCGAGGCCCCCACAUGCUCAUUGCCAUGAAAACAAUUUCUCUAGUGUAUGAUCACAGCUCGUCCUCACAAAAAGCUCUGCCGGGAAUUCAGGAAUAUCUUGGAUACACUCUAUCUCCAGGUUCUAGUGUCUUCGGACCUUGGAUAUCUUACAAAGAUUAUUUGGUCUUUUUCGAAGUCAAUUAUUUUUCUUGGAAGUGGUGCGAGAAAAUUCUUGAAAGGUCUUUUAUCUCUCUGAUCCACCUCCUUUUCUCAGCGUGUUGGUUUGAUCUACUCUUACCCGUUCAUUGGCAUCAUUGGGUUUUCCUUUAUCGUAGAGCGAUCACCAUACGAUUUAGUCAUUAUUUCAUCUCGUCUCUCUCGGAAGCAGCAAACAUGCUUGCUGGAGGUCGAAUAGAAACUAGAGUUACCUCGCCUUUAGAAAUAGAAUUACCGUAUUCAAUGAUGCAGGUUGUGAAGCAUUGGAACAUACCCAUGCAUAGAUGGUUGAAACAAUAUGUUUUCCGCGUCUCGCAAGAAUUUGGCUCAUUCUUUGCUGUCCUUGCAACUUAUGUAGUUAGUGCCUCCUUGCAUGGAUUCAACUUUCGUUUGGCUGGGAUUCUGAUCUCUUUAGGAUUUUAUUCGUAUGUUGAAUAUAUUUUUAGAAAAAAAUUAUCUAUCAAGUGGAAUGCUUGCAUUUCAGCUAAACCGUGUCCAACAUACUGUGAAAAGCAUGAGCAUACCGAGCGAAAAAUUGCGGUCAAAUUUUUCAAUACUCUGUUUACCUUUCUCAACAUUUUCCAUUUAGUGUACCUAGGAAUUCUUCUAGAUUUCAACACUGAUAAAGAACAAUAUAACUCAAUGGAAACUUUCAAUGACUGGAAAGAUCUAAACUACAUCAGUCAUGGUGUAGCGUUGGGUAUGUUUUUUCUCCAUACCCUAAUUCGAGCAUUGUGAAAUUCACAAUAUAAAGUGGAUACAUCAAAUACUUAAUUAUGACGAUUCAUUCGCAAUCAUUCGUGAACCAUCAAAUUCUUUCUUGCUUGGAAUGCUACCUGUAGUGCCACUGUUUGGUGGACCGCAAAAUAUUAAGUAGAAGGAGGGCUAUGACUACUCUGGAGGUUAGGACUCAGAUAGGCUGUUACAAAAGGUCGCCUGUCCUCAGCUUAGCAUUGAAAGUAUGUAAAUGCAAGAAUUACGAUACCGGAUUAUCUGUCGCAGUUUAAAAAUGCAUAAACUUGUCAGGUAUGGACUCUGUGCUUUUCUAAAAAAAUUUAAACCUUACAUUACUUCUGACUUUAAUCAGCAAUUGAGUUAUGAGUGUUAUUCGAUAAAAACAUUUUGUGCGAUAAAAAAUCCUAAAUUUUAAGAUGAUAUUUUUUAGGUGUUAUAAGUUCAAUUAAGAAGUAAUACAAGAAAAUAAAAAUAGUGUUAAAAGUGACUGACUCAAUCACUCUUUCUCUGACAAUCUAAGUUAAAAUAAUAGUGGGUGUAUUGUAUUGACCCAAUCAGGGUUAGUUCUUGAAUUUUUAGGAAUUUAAAGGAUGACUUAUAAAGUGUGAGAUGUUUUCUACUUAUGGGAUUUCACCAAACCGUGCCACUUUAAUUUUUGUCUUGCAUACAUAAAAUAUUUGUCCAUGUAACUUUUGUGGUAAAUAUGUUAGUAUCUGCCACAAAAACUGUGUAACUCGUGUCAGAUAAGUUAGCAAUUCUUUACUUUUGACCGUUAUAUGACAGUCUUAGCAAUAUCCCCUCGGAGGGAGAUAUUGGUUCUUGGUAUCUGCACACAAUGGCAGCAUAGCAUCGUCUUUGCAUGUGGUCAUUCCUCGAUCACUAUCAGAUGGCUGCAGCGCAGUUGCUUGCAAAUGGAAAGUAUACAACUGUUAACUCGUCUGUCGCAAGCUCCAGUACCUAUUUACCACAGUUUUGGUCACAAUUCACCAUCUAUCAUUUUAGAACCUUCUCAGGGAUUGGAGAGAUGAGCAAUAUUUUGCCUAUAAAUCAAGUAAGUAAUUAUUUUCAAUGAAAAUCUAUAAUAGAAAGGAAAACACUAGAUUUUCUAUGAUGAAACACUGGCGACUAGCCUUUAUCUUACUUACAAAACUGUUCGGUUCUCCAGAGUGUAAAUAUGAUUAAUUGUCAUCUUGUCUCCAUUGUUAAUACUUUUUUAAGAGGCUUUAAUAUAUAGUCCAUUUUUGUUCUUUUUAAUCUUGUGAUAUUAAAUUAGGUUUUCUGUUGGUAAAAACUUUUCUACCAAACCAAAUGUUUUCCAUAAAUUUCUUUAUUUUUGCUCCUUUCAGUUUUAAGUAAAUCUAGUUUUUACACAGUCAAAUUUCUGAGGUAUAAUUCUCUCUUGUAGCUAAAAUGUAAUAAAGAACUUUUGUGAAGGAAAA